UGAAUAUAUUCCCUGUAGACGACGACAAUCUCAAUGUCGACGUCCUCGAUGCCGCAAGCACAAGCUUCUUCCGGGAUGCGCUGCACCUCGACCACUACAUGCUGCUGUCAAGCCAAAUUCUCCACAAGACAGUGUAAUGGAAAGGACACAAAGCAAUUCAUCCCGUAACUUGUAUUGUACCGCAUGCAAAAAAAAGUUCAGUAAUGAAGCGACCUGGAAUGCACAUUUGAAAAGUGCAAAACAUAUUCAGAGUGAGAAGGCGUCGGCAAAAAGUACAACUGUAAACCUCGGUGCAAGCCAAAAGGCCACAAGCGGACAAUCAAAUCCGGCAGUCGCUCAAGUCAGCAUGAAAUUAAAGCAAGCGAUGAGCAUUGCAGCAAGCAAGCCGUCCAGAGCGGUGGGAGCUCUGUGGACAUUAGCACAAGAGUUUUACAAGCUCAAAAGACCUAGAGAGUCGGCACAAGUAUUGAAUGAUCUUAUUGAAUUGUUAGAGACACUACAAAGCCAGCCGACAAAAGCUCCUGAUGCAGAUACCCUGACAUCUGCGCAAGUAUCUGGAACCUUAUACCUUAGCAGAUUGGCAUUGUCUCGAUUAUAUUUAAUCUAUUGGGAUGACCAAUCUUUGGAGCUUGCGCGAAAGCUGUUUGUGAAGGCUUUGCAUGGGAAAUGGAAAAUUGAUGAACAGCAACUGAAUGAUGUUGCAACUAAUUGCUCUAGCAUAUCAAUUCCGAAAUUAUUGAAUGCUGCGGAAGACUUGAUACGAAUUUAUAUUGAAAAGGUUUUAUGCAAACCGAUAAAAGCGAAAUCAGAUGUAAACCAGAUGCUCCCGGUUAUUCUGAGUGAAGGUGAAAUGCUAUUUUCGCUGGCAGGGACUAAAACCAGGAACCCGCGCGAAAUUUCAAAAGAUGCGAGACCCCAACAAAUAGCUGUGGCUAUGUGCGCCAUGGCGAUAGUGAUCCACCAACACACAAAAAAUGAUGAAGGUGAACUCAUCGGCUAUCAAAACCUUAGUAAACUAUAUCUAAAUUUAGGAGCUCAAGGUUCAGCGGCAGAAGCAUUGAUGGAGCGCUCCUUGACAGCAGCAGCGGCUCGAAAAUGCGACUCUCACGAACUGCCUUCGUCAAUGGUUGAUGCCAUGAUAGCUCUGAUAAUUUGCUUGGAAAUUGGAAAUUACUAGGCGUGCAGCAUGGGACGCUACUUUGGAAGAUGUCAAGGUGCUUCUGUCUCUAGCUGACGCCGUUAUUGAAUCCAAUCAUU